AAAACUUCAUUAAUUAAGAUUUUAGUUUUAGAGGGGGGUAAAUUACAUAAUAUAUACAGUGCAUUUGGUUUUCUUUGUUUAUGAUGUUCGUAUGUUAGUAUGUUACAUAUCAUAUGAUCAUGACAAAUUCUUAUAAAAGAAGGUUACACAACUUUUUAUUUGUUAGAUCAAAGAUUUAGUUAAACAAAAGCAUAGAUGCUAAUGACGUCUUGACCUGGUUGAUAAGAAUGAGGGUGACGGUUUUUGGAGCUUGAGGAAUUUUCUUAAUUAUGGCUUGCGUACAUUAGAUAUUAAGUUCACAUCCCCCUCCCCUAUUUGUAGUUUCUAUUGCCAUUUGUCGCAAGAAAAAAAAAACAAAAACAAUAAUAAAAGCAUAGUUAGCUAGGUUAUAAAGGUGAAGGUAAAAAUCGAAUUGGUUAGACUGUCUGACACAAGACGAAUGGAAAACCAACCCAAAUACAUACUACUCCAUAAUCAAUCGAUUCAAGACCAGAAAUGUAUGGAUCACAUAAAAUUCAGUAGAUCUACAUAUUGACCUAAAAAAUCUGCCAAAAAAUCAUGAUAAUAAAUGCAUAUAGCAAUAAAUUACGAUGACCAAAAACUAAUUAAAACUUGUCAGAGAAGUUACUGUACUAUCAUAGUACUCUUUUUGCUAUUUGCUUAAUUACUUCUCAUACCAAAAAAAUUAAUUUUGCAUGACCAAAUCCUUUACCAGACAAUCAGACAUAAGUCAUAACACAAGGAAGUAAAUUAUCCAAACCCCACAUAAUAAAAUACACAAAAUUUCUUGAUUAUUAUUUUGUCUAUAUAUUUAAAUGUUCAAACUAAAUAAUGCAUAGUACGGAUUAUUUCACUAUAGUCAAGGAAGAUAUAGUAAAGAUCCCAAAUCAUUCUGGAACUAAGGAAUUAAGGAAACAAUUAAGAGUUCUUAUGGAGUUUGAAAGUUUUUCCCAACAACCAAGAGAGUUGGAGAGGUUGCAGAAAGAACAUGAAGAGAAAACUGAAAGGAUUAAGCAACUAAAGAGCCAAAUCAAAGACGCAAAGCGCGAAUUAGAGAAGAACAAGAAGGAAGAAGAUGGCAAGAGAAGGGAAAGCUUCAAGGGACUUACUCAGAGUUAUAACCAGUUGAGGCAAGAGUUUGAUAAUAUGUGAUUCAAUGAGAAAUGUGGAUUAAUUAAUAAACUUAGAUUAAGAUUAAGAUUAAGUAGUCAAAUGCUAGCUAAUUAAGGAUUAAGGGGUUGUUAAAACUAGGUUUAUCUUUAAGCUUUCUACUAGUAGAGUAGUAGUUAGUAAUAUCAAUGAUUCAAUGAGGAAUGUGGAUUAAUUAAUAAACUUAUUUUAUCACUA